AUGGGAGGAUACUUGUUGGCGGCGUCGGCUUGGUCUGCCAUCUUGGACGUGCCUCAUGGACCAGCUAUAUGGCAACCAGAAUCAUUCCUUGUAGACGACCGCUUCAUCUUCGACUUGGACCGAGACUAUCACGCAGGGAAUGAUACCCCGAGUCUCGCCAAACCAGAAUUUCCCGUGGUCAUCAUGCAUGGCAUGGGAGAUGCCGCGCUGAAUCCGGGCAUGCAGCGCCUCCGCAAGGCCGUGGCGGCACGACUUGGCGCAUAUGUGACGAAUGUCCAAAUCGGCGCGUCGCAGGCCGAGGACACGUCGAACGGAUUCUUCAUGAACUUGGAUAAGCAAGUCGAUUACUUUGCACGCGUUGUGGCAGAAGACCAACACCUUCGGCAUGGGUUCAAUGCGCUUGGCUUUUCGCAGGGCAACCUCGUUAUCCGCGGCUACGUCGAGCGCUACAACAACCCUCCCGUCCAGAGCUUCAUAUCUAUCCAUGGUCCACUGGCGGGGGUCGCCGGCCUGCCGCAUUGCCGUCCGAUCAAUUUCAUCUGCAAGAAAAUCAGCGAGAUGAUUUCCACGGCUGCAUAUGCCGAUUCCAUUCAAGAAAAGAUCGCCCAAGCCAAUUACUUUCGGGACCCCACUCGCAUCCCCGAGUACCAAGCACACGCACUGUUCCUCCCCGACCUCAACAACGAAAAGCCCUCAACGAAUGCCACGUACAAGGCCAACUUUGCGACGCUCCAGCGCUUGUUGCUUGUUCGAGCGGCCCAAGACUCGAUGGUGUACCCCAGUGAAUCCGAAUGGUUUGGGGCGUACGAAGAUGGCGCGUUCGGCCGAAUCUUGGCCAUGAACGAGACGACAUGGUACAAGGCGGACGCGUUCGGGUUGCAAACGCUCGACAAGGCGGGCAAAAUCACGUUCAAGGAAACGACGGGGGACCACUUGCGCAUUCCCACAGAGACCUUGCUGGCGUGGGCCGACCAGUACUUUGUGUAG